AUGAUGAUAUCAGGAGAAAGUGGAUCAACAAACAUACUUUUAAUUUAUUUAGCAGCAGAAUCAAAAAUAGCUUAUUUAGAAUAAUUUAUCAUGAGCAGACUAUUUAAUAAUAAAUAUUUGCUUCUAAUCCUGUUCUCGAAGCAUUUGAUAAAGCUAAUCUGCAAGAAUGACCACUCUAGUAGAUUUGGACAAUUUAUUCACUUUUAUUUCAAUCCAGAUACUAAAAGAGCCACUGCACCUAAAAUUUAGAUAAUUUAAAUUAUAGUCCUUAUGAGAAGAAAUAAAUUUAUUAAACUAUUGCUGGACUGUUACAUUUUGUAAUUGUGUGAUAAUUGAUUAAGAUUCUUGCAAAUAUGCAUUGAUACUUGAUGACUUACUUAAAUUGGCAUCCUCACUAUUAGGGAAUCCAACUUAAGGAUCAAAAAUUCUUAUAUGCAAAGGAGUUACUUCUUUGAGAAAGGAGGUAGUGAUUAAAAAUAAUAAUUUAGAAAAUGCUUAAAGUUCUAAAUAGUUUUUAAAUAUAAUACACAUAACUUGGUUUUUAAAUAGGAAAGUUUAUAUUAUUCAUAAAGCAACGUUUUUGAUAGUUCUUAAUAUCAGACUUUUUUAGAUUGAAAAUUUAAAAAUAAUUUAGAAUUUAUAUUAAUAUUAGCUAACAGCACAAUUAAAUGAAAUUAAAAGAAUUACAUAAUAAAAUAAAGAGCAAUUAAAAAUUUUUAUUUACAAAAGCAAUAGAAAAAGCAAUUAAAAAGAGAAGAAAAGUAAAUACACUUAUAUCUUCAUCAAGUUCUAAAAUAGAAAAGGCUAUUAGAAGAGGUGGAAAUUAUUGAUUAAUAAAAGAUAAUUGAUUUGAA